GGCAGGACCAUUAAGAUAUAUUUUUUUGUCAGUUGGAAUUUUGUUUGUUUUGAAAAAGAGGCAUCUGAAUUGCGGAAACAGAAACAAAUGCAAUAACAAUGAACGGAACAUCUGAUAUACGCCAACGAGACGUAAAACAUGGUACCGGAAACGGAAAGAUUCCAAACGGACAUGAAGAUGAAGUUGACAUUCCGAACAAAAAAGACCAUGAAUCAAAGAAAACACCAAGUAAAAUAGACCAGAUACAAGAUACAUGUACCACGUGCUGUAUACCAUGUCUUACAAGCCACAACCCCCUGCCUGAGAAUCCAUCACGAGGACAGCGAUUCAAACAUGCAUUCAUGUUACCUCUUCAUGGAAAUGUGGCCACUUACCUCCAGUUUACUGUCGUCUGCGUCCAGUUGUGGAUUAUCAUCUAUUCGUUAACUCACGGGCAAGCACUUCCAGGAGGAAAUUUAUUUUCUUUAUUGAUACUGUUUAUUGGUUGUGCUAUUGGAGGCUAUUUUAUUUCUCUUAUUCGACUUCCUCCUUUGUUAGGUAUGUUAAUUGUUGGAGUAUUGCUUAGAAAUAUACCAGGCGUCAACACGAUUGGUGAAAGUAUCGACUCUAAAUGGUCAGGUGCACUCAGAAAAAUUGCCUUAACUGUCAUAUUAACCAGGGCAGGACUUGGUCUAGAUAUUGUGAAGUUACGAAAGUUAUCAUGGGCUGUUAUACGAUUGGCAUUCUUACCAUGUACUUGUGAGAUAAUAACAGUGGGAAUAGCAUCACACUUUAUCCUCGGGUUUCCAUGGAUAUGGAGCCUCAUGUUAGGAUGCAUUCUGGGAGCUUUGUCACCAGCUGUAACAGUACCCUCCCUCGUGAAUUUACAAGAUCGUCAGUACGGAGUUGCAAAGGGAAUUCCAACAAUGCUAUUGGCUGCUGGAGGACUUGACAAUGUCCUGUGUGUCACAGGUUUUUCUGUCUUCAUGGGAAUUAUAUUUUCUGAAGGUGAUCUAGCUGUGACCAUUGUGAAAGGUCCUUUAGGGGUAUUUGUAGGCAUAGUGUAUGGAUUUGUAGCCGGGGUAUUUCUAUGGUACAUUCCUUCGAAAGACAGCGCAAAUAAAGUGUUUUAUCGUUCUUUGUUGUUAUUUGGAUUCGGAAUGAUAGCCAUAUUUGGAAGUUCAGAAAUUGGACUAUCAGGAGCUGGUCCCCUUGGAUGUCUAACGACUGCAACUGUUGCAGGCUACAAAUGGCGACUACGCCGUAAACCAGGUGAACAGGACGAAGUAUCCGGUGUGAUGGCUUUGGUGUGGUUGAUUGCUCAACAUUUUCUUUUCGGAUUGAUCGGCGCAGCAGUUGAUAUUGGGAAAAUACAGUCAAGUACAGCUGGUUUGGGAAUCCUAACACUAGCAAUUGGCCUAGUAGUGAGAAGUGGAGUAGACUUUACAGUUACACUUCGUACUGGAUUUAAUAUCAAAGAAAGAAUUUUUAUAACUCUGACCUGGUUGUCCAAAGCUACUGUGCAGGCUGCUAUAGGAGGACUUGCAUUGGAUAAAGUUCGAGAAAUGUCAAAUCCUGACCAGGAAAUUGUAAAAUAUGCCACAGAUAUUUUAACAUUGUCAGUCCUUGCUAUUAUAAUAUGUGCACCAAUAGGAGCAACCUUAAUGGCAGUUCUUGGUCCAAAAUUUCUACAAAAAGGAUAUAUUGAGGAAGAAUCCAUCGAAAUUUGCACAACUAGCCCGGAUGUUAAUGAUAAACAUAUACAAAUAAUAGAUAUGACAAAGGUGAAGGAUGAACUCAUUGAGUUAAAGGAAAAGCCUGAAAUGACAGAAAUUGCAAUAGAACCGCUUGAAAACACAAACCUCGAGUUUUCAACACCAUCACAUGAUAACAAAGAUACAAAUCUGGAGAUUUCAAAACCAUCACAUGAUAACAAGAUUACAACGACAGAAACCGGAUCUCAUAAAGACUCUGAUGUAAUCGAGGUUCCAGUGCAUAAUGAAGAAAAAUUAACUCAAGUUAAUGAGGAAAAAAUACUUUUAGAAUCAGAUGUCAUUGAUGAUACGAUAGACAUAAAUCAUCCAGACUAUCCAGAAGUCUACAAAUCUCAUUUGAUAGUGACUCUGUCAGAUUCUAAAAUAAAAGACACUGUUUCAGUAGUUCAAGCUGAAAAACCAAAAGUAAAUGACACUGUAUCAAUAGUUCAAGCUGAAGACCCAAAAGUAAAAGACACUGUAUCAAUAGUUCAAGCUGAAGACCCAAAAGUAAAAGACACUGUAUCAAUAGUUCAAGCUGAAGACCCAAAAGUAAAAGACACUGUAUCAAUAGUUCAAGCUGAAGACCCAGCAACCACAAAUGAAAACGAAGGUGUAGAUAACCCAGGCUUUCAAAAUACAGACAGUGGAGACGAAUCUCCGGACAAGAACAAUGAUGAAAAAACAAUACAAACUUAACUGAAGUUGAGAUGGCGCGCUGUUAUUGACUAACAAAGAAUAAACACAGAAGGAUGUUCGCCCCGCAGAGAGAAAACGUAGAGCAUGGAUCUGAAACGUUUAUCCUAGGUGUGGUAGCACGAUAUUGUUUAUAUUGAAAAGGAAUAAUAUGACCAGAUAGAGCAUUAAUGUAUGUCAGUGGCGGAAGCAGGGGUCGUACUUCCCCUCUUGAAUUGGAAAAUAUAUAUUUUUUUAGCAUAAAAUCGUCCUUAAUUUUUUUUUUGCAUUGCUACGCUCGGCGGUAUAUCUUCAGAUUUAUGGAAUUACGCCCCCUUUUCAAAAAUCUUGGAUCCGCCCCCGUCUGUUGUGUUGAUUAUGAUGCUAUUUAUACUGUGUUGAAAUCUUUUUUUUUAUUUCUGUUAAUUGUUAUUGCAUAUUGUUUUACAUCAUCAUGAGGUAUUGUAUAAUAAUAAAACAUUUUGUAUAUUCAUAAUUUUAA